GAUGAUGACAAGAUCGUUGGAGGUUACACCUGCACCAAGAACUCCAUCCCCUACCAGGUAUCUCUGAAUGCUGGAUAUCACUUCUGUGGUGGAUCCCUCCUCAACUCCUUGUGGGUGCUCUCAGCUGCUCACUGCUACAUGUCGAGCAUGCAGGUCAGACCGGGAGAGCACAACAUCGCUGCCUCUGAGGGAGCCGAGCAGUUCAUCGAUGCUGCUAGGAUCAUCAGACAUGCCAGCUACAACUCUAGAACCCUGGACAACGACAUCAUGUUGGUCAAGCUCACCUCUCCCUGCUUAGAGGCUUCAUCUAUCUUUGCUUUACUUUUUAGUAUAAGCAACAUUUUCCUUUUUCCAUUUAUUUUGAUUAUAUUUAUUUUGUCACUUUUUUCUCCUUUAGCGAACUACCCUGACCUCCUGCAGUGUCUGAAUGCUCCCGUUCUGACCACUGCCCAGUGUAACAGUGCUUACCCUGGUGAGAUCACUGGCAACAUGAUCUGCGUUGGAUACAUGGAAGGUGGAAAGGAUUCUUGCCAGGGUGACUCCGGUGGCCCCCGUGGUCUGCAAUGGACAGCUCCAGGGUGUUGUCUCCUGGGGAUACGGCUGUGCCCUGAGGAACUACCCUGGUGUCUAAGGUCUGCAACGACAACAGCUGGAUCCAUUCAGGCCGCCAACUAA